ACUCGGCGCUCCUUCGCGACGAUUCGGCCGGGUGCCGCUGGCGGCGGUUGCCAGGGUGGGGGUCGCUUUGCGGCAUGGCGAUGGCGGAGGGCGAGCGGACUGAGUGUGCUGAGCCCCCGCGGGACGAGCCCCCGGCUGAUGGCGCUCUGAAGCGGGCGGAGGAGCUCAAGACGCAGGCCAACGACUACUUCAAAGCCAAGGACUACGAGAACGCCAUCAAGUUCUACAGCCAGGCCAUCGAGCUGAACCCCAACAACGCCAUCUACUAUGGCAACCGCAGCCUGGCCUACCUGCGCACCGAGUGCUACGGCUACGCACUGGCCGACGCCACGCGGGCCAUCGAGCUCGACAAGAAGUACAUCAAGGGCUACUACCGCCGGGCCGCCAGCAACAUGGCCCUGGGCAAGUUCCGGGCCGCCCUGCGCGACUACGAGACGGUGGUGAAAGUGAAGCCCCACGACAAGGACGCCAAAAUGAAGUACCAGGAGUGCAACAAGAUUGUGAAGCAGAAGGCCUUCGAGCGGGCCAUCGCGGGCGAUGAGCACAAGCGCUCUGUCGUGGACUCACUGGACAUCGAGAGCAUGACCAUCGAGGAUGAGUACAGCGGGCCCAAGCUGGAGGACGGCAGAGUGACAGUCGCCUUCAUGAAGGAGCUCAUGCAGUGGUACAAGGACCAGAAGAAGCUGCACCGGAAAUGUGCCUACCAGAUUCUGGUGCAGGUCAAAGAGGUCCUGUCCAAGCUGAGCACGCUGGUGGAGACCACGCUCAAAGAGACAGAGAAGAUUACAGUGUGCGGGGACACCCACGGCCAGUUCUACGACCUCCUCAACAUAUUCGAGCUCAACGGUUUACCCUCGGAGGCCAACCCCUACAUAUUUAAUGGCGACUUCGUGGACCGCGGCUCCUUCUCCGUAGAAGUGAUCCUCACCCUUUUCGGCUUUAAGCUUCUGUAUCCAGAUCACUUCCACCUACUCCGAGGCAACCACGAGACGGACAACAUGAACCAGAUCUACGGCUUCGAGGGCGAGGUGAGGGCCAAGUACACGGCCCAGAUGUACGAGCUCUUCAGCGAGGUGUUCGAGUGGCUGCCGCUGGCCCAGUGCAUCAAUGGCAAAGUGCUGAUCAUGCACGGGGGCUUGUUCAGCGAAGACGGUGUCACCCUGGACGACAUCAGGAAGAUCGAGCGGAACCGGCAGCCCCCGGAUUCAGGUCCCAUGUGUGACCUGCUCUGGUCGGACCCACAGCCGCAGAACGGGCGCUCGGUCAGCAAGCGGGGUGUGAGCUGCCAGUUUGGGCCCGACGUCACCAAGGCCUUCCUGGAGGAGAACCACCUGGACUACAUCAUCCGCAGCCACGAGGUCAAGGCCGAGGGCUACGAGGUGGCGCACGGCGGCCGCUGUGUCACCGUCUUCUCUGCCCCCAACUACUGCGACCAGAUGGGGAAUAAAGCCUCCUACAUCCACCUCCGGGGCUCCGACCUGCGGCCCCAGUUCCACCAGUUCACAGCAGUGCCUCAUCCCGACGUCAAGCCUAUGGCCUACGCCAGCACGCUGCUGCAGCUGGGGAUGAUGUGAGGCCCAGCCCAGGGCCACGCUGGACCCCUUUUACUUUGUAAAGUUUGUAUUUAUUCCCCUUUAGGUUUGCAGAGGGGGUGGGGGGCUGGCCAGAGGGUCUGCUCCCUGGACAAAGAGGAAGGAGGUGGAGAGGCAGGGCUGGGGCACCGCCUGGGCAUUCUGGGGGAGGCGGCGGGGAGGGGCGGGGCCAGGGCUUCUCCGCCCCCCUCGUUUGCAUGGCCCCUCCCCCGCUAAAGCAAUAGGGCCCCGCCAUAGGAAGACCCCGAAGGAGGGUCAUCAGGGAGGCCUCGCCUGCACCCCCUCCUGGGAGCCCCGGAGCGGGGCUAGGCUGGGGCUCACCCCCUUCCCCAGCUAUUUUAUGUCUGUAAUUAAAUGUUAAAAUAAAGUCAUUAUUGUAAGUCA